AUGGCUCAGCAUAGUGAAGGCCGCUCAGAUGGAGAUACGCAUUCUCUAUCAGGAUCAACAUCCUCAGAGGAUUCCAUUGACGACGAUCAGAUUGCAGCGCUGGGCCGUACUAUAACAAGCCAUUCACGGAUCUCAGAGCCGGAACUGGCUAGGAGACUCACGUCGAUUGGGACCACGGGCACGAUGGACCCUAAUUAUGAAGUCGACUUUGAGGACGAAAACGACCAGGCCAAUCCUAAGAAUUGGUCACUCAAGUACAAGGGCAUGGCGAUUGCGAUGCUCUCGUAUAACACUUUGCUCAUUGUUUUACAUUCAACGUCAUACACAUCCGGUAUAUCACAGAUAGGCGAAGAGUUUGGGGCGUCCACUACCAUUGUCACCCUAGGAUUGACUUUCUACUUGAUCGGUCUGGCCAUUGGAUCCAUGUUCAUGGCGCCGUUGAGUGAAGUCUAUGGGAGAAAGCCAGUUUCAAUUGCGUGUCUGGGCCUCUUCACAGUAUUGAUUAUUCCCUGCGCGCUGGCCAAGUCCAUCGAGUCUCUGAUCAUUGUCCGAUUCAUUGGGGCAUUAUUUGGAAGUGUCAUGAUUUCCACGGCGCCCGGAAUGGUAGCCGAUCUUGUGACCGAUGAGCAGAGAGCGUUGGCCAUUUCUGUCUGGAGUAUUGGGCCUAUCAACGGUCCAGUUUUGGGUCCCAUUAUUGGCGGUUUCGUGACCCAAUAUCUGGGCUGGCGAUGGAUGAACUGGAUUGCUCUGAUCCUGUCGGGCGUUGCCUUCGGCUUUGCCUGCCUCAUGAAGGAGACUUACAGCCCUAUCAUCUUGCAGAGAAAGGCCGCACAGAGACGCAAAGAAACUGAUGAUGACCGGUGGUGGAGCCGAUACGACCAAAAGGCUAGCCUUGCUGAGAUGUUGAAAGUCAAUCUGAGUCGUCCAUUUGUGAUGGCUGUCGUAGAGCCCAUCUGUAUCUUUUGGAACAUUUACAUUGCCAUCGUCUACGGAAUUCUUUAUCUCUGCUUUACUGCGUACCCCAUCGUCUUCCGCCAAAUCCGUGGCUGGUCUCUCGGUCUCUCGGGCCUAGCCUUCUGCGGUAUCGGAGUUGGCUGCAUGAUCAUGAUCACCUGCGAACCCUUGAUUCGCCGCAUGAUAAAUAGCCACAGGCGCGACCCUGAAACCGACAAGGUGCCCCCGGAAGCCAUGGUCUCGAUCGUCUGUAUCGCGGCCAUUCUGAUCCCAACAGGAGAGCUCUGGUUCGCGUGGACUUGCUCCCCUGCGUCUAUUCCCUGGAUAGUGCCCAUCCUAGCCGGUGUCUUCUUCGGCUGCGGAAAUGCCGGUGUCUUUAUCUACGCUUCAAAUUAUCUGACUGAUAGCUACGGCGUGUAUGCUGCCUCUGCCUUGGCAGGGAACUCGGUUAUGCGCAGUAUACUGGGAGGUGUUAUGCCGCUAGUAGGCACCUAUCUUUACGAUGCGCUUGGUCCCAACUGGGCUGGGACGCUACUGGGUUUGCUUGAGGUGGCGAUUAUCCCUAUUCCUUUCGUGUUCUACAAAUAUGGGUACAAGAUUCGGAUGAAGAGUGCGCUUAUCAGUCGGAUGCAGGAGGAUAAAAAGAGGUUGGAGAGAAAGCGGAAGCGCUUGGAGCAGCGGUUGGCAGCAGCAGUUGCCGAGGCGGAAGCGGAGGACAAGGAGAAGGCGGAGGUUUGA